AUGCCUAACAUUAAAUUGCAAUCGUCCGAUAACGAAAUUUUCAUUGUUGACAUACAAGUUGCAAAAUGUUCAGGUACUAUUAAAGCCAUGCUGGAAGAUUGUGGUAUGGAAGACUGUGAUAAUAUUGUUGUGCCUUUGCCAAAUGUAAAUUCGGCCAUAUUACGAAAAAUAUUGGAAUGGGCUGCUCAUCACAAGGAUGAUAAGUCUACCGCUGAUAAUGGCGAUAAUGAUGAUGGCGAUAAUAAUGAUGAUGAUGAUGAUGAAGACAACGAAAUUGAUAUUUCGACAUGGGAUGCUGACUUUCUUGACAUAGACCGAGUCGAUUUAUUCCAAUUGAUACGUGGUGCAAACUAUCUGAAUAUGGAGAGUUUGUUGCGUGCUGCCUGCCAAACGGCAGCCGAUAUGCUAAAAGGCAAGACGUCAGAAGAAAUGCGUGAUAUGUUUAAAAUUAAAAACGAUCUUACACCUGCCGAAGAGGCGGAUAUACGGAAAAUAAACGGAUGGUUGGAAGCGAUGUGAAAUUUAUUUCCCUUUAUUGGAAAUAAGUUUUAAUAAAAUGCAGCAUUUUUCGCGCUUCAA